UUGAAGGACCUGCGGUUUAAGUGGACGAAAGAUAGGACGUUGCUGCUGAAUGACGUCACACACCGUGACCAGGGGCUCUACUCUAUCAAACUGUCCUCUGGAUUCACCUAUGAGACCGUUCGCCUCACUGUCUCAGGUACAGGGGCUCAGGGGCUCCCGAGUGGCGCAGUGGUCGAAGGCACUGCAUCUCAGUGCUAGAGGCAUCACUACAGACCCUGGUUUGAUUCCAGGCUGUAUCACAACCAGCGUUGAUUGAGAGUCCCAUAGGGCGACGCACAGUUGGCCCAGCGUGGUUAGGGUUUGGCCGAGAAUGUAUAAAAACCUUCCGUCUGGGCUAUGGGGAAACCUUUCAGCACAACAUCCCUAAAUAUGUCUCCGUGCUGGAGUUCUCUCCCCGGGGCUCCCCCUCUGACUCCCAGACGGUAUUACUGUGGAACCGGAUGGACCCUGAGACCAGCGAGGCGGGCCGGGGGAGGCUAGGGUCAAGUGGGAGGGUCUGGGUGGCAGAGAGGGUGACCCAGGCAGACCAGGGAAACUACACCCUCCGAGACGAGAAUGGGAAAGUAAUCUCCCGCAGCAAAUUGAUUGUCAAUGGUGAGCACUAGAAAGAUCAAAGAGAUCUGGAUGAAGGGGAGAGCGAAAUGAAACGGGAGAUGGGAUCGGAGGCCAGGAGAGAAGAGAUUGCGAUAUUAGAUCUGACAUACAGUCCAAACUGACUCUUAGUUGUAUCUGAUUCUUUCUUUCAUCCUGAUGCCCCUCAUCGUCCUCAUGUCCCCUCCUUCAUUUCUCCUUUUUCUUUUCCUUUAAACUCUUUCCAAUUCUCUCUCUCUCAUUAUCCCCUGUGUGGGUGCAGGGCACAACUUCAAUGUCAUCCGCUUCUUCAAGGAGUCUCUAAACCUUCCCCUUUUUCUCCCUGUCUCUCAUGUCCACCUCAUUUUUACCCCGUCCCUGCACCUCUCCAAUCCCUCCAAUGUGCCCCUUGAGUCCCGGUACUCUCGCCCCGUGCAGCUGAUCAAGGAUGGCCAGAUUGUGGACCAGGACCCCCGGUACUGGGGCCUCCUCUCUCUGGGGAGAAACGGGACUGUCAACGAGGUGGUCAUCACCAGGCUGAGUGCAAAGCAUGAUGGGAUGUAUGAGAUCCGAGAUCAGGGCGGCAACCUGGUGUCAUCCACCAUUCUCCAUGUGGUCGAUAAGACUGCUAGAUGGAGAGCAGUUCUCAAGUCCAUCAGCGUUCCUUCUGGCAUGUUUGUGACUUUGGCUGGUUUCAUCUUAUUUAUGAAGCGCUACCCUAACUGCAGCCUCGCUAUGAUAAUCAACGGCCUAAGAGGUCACCAUACACCGGCAUCUAACCUUCCAAGAGUCAAUGUCCAGGACUACAGUCCACCCAGUCUCCAGCCCUCUGGCAUUUACAGUCAUUCAAAGCAGAUUGUAACGCCAAAAAUAUGGAGCCCCAUACCUACACAUUCGGGUUACAUUCCUGUCGUGGUCAGUGCACCACAGCCCUCCCCUGAGCCAGUGAGGACGAGACAACAGGAGACAGAUAGACUUAGAGUUGAGACUGCCACUACUCACACUCCUCGUGAAGAGACUGCUGACGGAGAGAGGGAGAUCUCUUUUUCCAUCGCUGGCACCUCAGACUGCCUCCACUCAUCUGAAGACUGCUUCCAGUUCCAGAUCAAGAAAGAGGGAGACAAGGAGAGCAAAGCGAAAGACUACUUCUCCACACUUCCACUGGACACAGAUACCUUGGAGACUUGCAGCGUCUACACUUCUGAAAAACUCAACUUCUUAUAGAGCACAGAGAAGAGGAGUGAAUGGAGAUAAAGAAAGAGCGGGCGGAGAGAAAAUAGUGGAGGGCGAUAUGGUUAAACUGUUCACGGGUGAUUUUGUAAUUAUAGUGCCUUCGCUUUCAGAACCCUAUUUGGAUAUGUUUGGGUAUUGCGUAUUACUUCCUAUAAUUUCUUUAUUAUCAUGUCAUUAUCAUUCCUUUUAAGAAUGAGAUGAGCAAUAUCCUACAUUUUGGCAUAUCACUCCUUUGUACAACUGGAUUGGUAAUGUUUUCAAAAAUCAACCUGCUGAUUACUUUCUGCUACCUACCAAGGAACCCUCAGGACCACACAUUUAAACCUGUACUGUAAGCUAUAGAUGACUGUAUAUAUGUGUAAAUAUAUGGAAGUUAUGUUAGGAUGGAGAAGAGAUGUCAACGUUAAAGAAGAGAUGAGGAAUUGUCAGAUUUUGUAAUAGAAUGUGGGAAUUGCCUCUUUUUUUAAAAGCAUAUCUAACUGCAUGUGUUACCUACUAUUAAACAAGUAAAUUAACACAAAAUAAUAAAAAUAUACUUUUAUUAGAUUACAUAUCUUUACAUAAGAUAUACAUUGUUUGUGAUUGCCAUAAAAUUAUGUACAUGAUUCAAUUACGGUUACAUUAUUUCACCAGGUGUUCAUAUUGUGAUUGAGGUUUUAUAGAAUGGAUUAUAAUAUGUUUGAAGUCAUAUACCUUUCCCAAUGUUUUGUGUAUUAACGUAUCAUUGGUUUGUUAGUCAAGUAAUGAAUGAAGCUCGAGAAAAUAAAACGAAUUCAUUCUAGUUA